CGGGGGGUGCGAGGGGGGCCUUCGGCCCCCCUCCCGCACCCACCCCGUCCUCGUUGCGCGUGGAAAGUUGUAAACCCAUCCGGAAUCUUGCUUAUUUGUCCCUUCUGUGACAGAUUUCCUAACCUGUCAUACCUAUCACUUUUACCAAUUAAUUUCUCGCUUUGUAGAGUCGAGCGAUGAUUUUAACUUUGAAAUUCGGUUUCUACACGUCAAACUACAUAAGAUAGUGAUAUGUUUGCUCUUUCAUAAUAUCUCUUAAACUUGUAAACUGUUUUUAUCUGAUAAGAAAUUAAGAUAAGAAAUUUCUGAGUUAUACAUUUAUUCUCGAGAGUGAUUUGUAUUGAGCAAAAUGUUAACUAGAAACGGACUCCGUAAAAUUAUAAUUAAUCGUCGAGGAGUGGAACUAGUACAACAUGUAGCUAGGAGUACUGUAACUGCACAUGAUACCAAUGAAUAUCAAUAUAUGCAAUUUAGUAAAAUUCCAACAUUGCAUUUUCAAAAAUCUUUACCACGGUUACCAAUACCAAAACUUGAAGAUACAUGUAGAAGAUAUUUAAAUGCACAAAAACCUCUAUUGGAUGAUAAGGACUUGCAAAAUACAUCUUCUUAUGUCUCAAAAUUUCUUGCCAAUGAGGGGCAGAGUUUACAAAAGCAGCUACUUCAACAUGAUGCUGAGAAUUCACACACUAGCUACAUUAGUGAACCAUGGUUUGAUAUGUAUUUGCGUGAUCGCAAGCCUUUGCCAAUUAAUUACAAUCCUUUCUUAGUAUUUAUACCAGAAUCUGAUCCAAAAUAUGAUGAACAAUUGGUGAAGGCUACAAAUCUUGUUAUAUCUUCAAUGAGAUUCUUGAAGUCUCUCAGGGAAAACAUCUUAGAACCAGAAGUGUUUCAUUUGAAUCCUGAGAAAUCGGAUACUAAUUUAUUUCGAAAUGUCACAAGAUUGAUUCCAUCUCAUUUUAGCUAUUAUGGUGCUUAUUUAUUUAAGGCUUAUCCAUUAGAUAUGUCACAAUAUAAGAACUUGUUCAAUACAACUAGAAUACCAGAAUUGGAGAAGGAUAGGAUCUUCCACGAUCCUUCCGCAAAACAUUUGGUUGUAAUGAGGAAAGGACACUUUUAUGCGUUUGACGUUUUAGAUGCAAACGGCGCUAUUCGUGGCCCCAAAGAAAUAGCCGCAUGUUUAAAAGCUAUUUUGGAAGAUAAUAGAGCACCAAAUAAACAUCCUGUAGGCAUCCUUACUACUUCAGAAAGAGAUCAAUGGGCACAAGCACGUUCACAUUUAUUCAAGACGGGAAAUCAAGAAAUUUUAAACAAGAUCGAUUCUGCUGUGUACAUAAUAACCUUGGAUGACGAAGUUUUGGGUACCGAUAAAAACAAAUUAAUUCGAACGUAUCUUCAUACAGAUGGUACCAAUCGAUGGUUUGACAAAUCGUUUUCCUUGAUUGUUUCUAAAGAUGGCUAUGGUGGAAUGAAUUUUGAACACUCGUGGGGCGACGGUGUUGCAGUAUUGAGAUUCUUUCAGGAUAUGAAGGCCGACAUAUCAAAGAAACCCAGAUUUCAUCCUGAUGAGGUAGGUGAACUUGCAAAGGAGAGUGCAAACAUUGAAAGACUUGAAUUCUCUAUAGAUGCUAAAAGUGAAAGUCUUAUCAACCAGGAGAUAGCUAAGUAUAGAAAAUGGACUGAUAGACUAUGCGUAGAUCAUAUAAUUUAUGAAGAAUUUGGUAAAGAGCAAUGUAAGAAGCUUGGAGUGAGUCCAGAUGCUAUAAUGCAAUUGACGUUCCAAUUAGCAUUGUAUAUUCUGGAAGGCAAAUUAGUAUCGACUUAUGAAUCUUGCAGCACUGCUGCAUUUAAGCAUGGAAGAACGGAAACUAUUAGACCUUGUACACUAGCGACUAAAGCAAUAUGUACUGCUAUGGCCCAAAACAAUAGCAAACUUUCUAAAUCAGAAUUGAAGAAGAUGAUAAAGGAUUGUAGCAAAGCUCACAAUGUGCUUACGAGAGAAGCUGUAAUGGGGCAAGGAUUUGACAGACAUUUAUUCGCCUUGAAGAAAAUAUCAGAAAAGUCAAAUUACAAUAUGUCAGCCAUUUUUCACGAUCCAGCGUAUCAUGCUAUAAAUUAUAACAUAUUAUCUACAUCUACUUUAUCAAGUCCAGAUGUACUGGCAGGCGGAUUUGGGCCAGUGGUACCCGAUGGAUAUGGAAUAGGAUAUAUGAUCCAAGAAAAACGAUUGGGUGCUGUCGUGACAACUUACGAAGGUAGUCGUAAUGCCAGCAAAUACAUACAAACAUUAGCACACGCAUUCAAAAAUAUUUGUGAUGUGUUGCAUACGUAACUGUUCUUUUUAAGGCUUAUUAUAAAGUCAAGAUCAUGUAAGAAUGAAUUACAGCUAUGCGGCCUAAUCAACCGUAGCUAACCAACUAGCUUAUGUUAUUGACUUACAAACAAUAUUUUUGUUAUAAUUGAUAUAAUUACAAUUAGAGUUAUUGUUAUUACACACAUAUUAUAACAUAUAUUAUCGUACAAGAAUGUUUAUAAUCAUGUUACUUGUGCCAUUGGAAUAAUGGUAAAUUUUUUUGAUAUUUUAUGUGGAAGAUAAAAAUAAUUAUGGCCGGGUCUGAAUCAAAAACUUUUAUACGAUAUUAAAUAAAUAUUUUUAAUACGCUUGAA